AUGAAGCGCUUUGUGAGCACCGUCCUCGGGCGUGUGCAGCCGUCGCUGCGCGCAGCCACCGCCGUUGCGGCGACCGCCUCGGCGCCCUCUUCUUCCUCCCCUGCAGCGCUGUGGUGCGCGCGUCGCGGCUUCCGCUCGGACGGGACGCCGUACAACUCCGAAAUGGCCGACAUCGCACACGGCAGCACGUACCUGCGCGACGGGGCAGCCACCAUGGCCGCCGAACAAGUCGCCGCUGGCCAGUACGCCGAGAACAAACCGCGCGCGAUUAUGUUCGUGAACAAGCGCCCGGUGGAGAUCAUUCCACAGGAGGAGAACGUGUUAGAGGUGCUGGAGCGGGAGGGGAUUCGCGUGCCCAAGUUUUGCUACCACCCCAUUCUCUCUGUGGCGGGUAACUGCCGUAUGUGCAUGGUGCAGAUCGACGGCACGCAGAACAUCGUGGUGGCCUGCUCCACCGUGGCGCUGCCGGGCAUGUCGAUCAUCACGGACAGCCGCCUCGUACGGGAUGCGCGGGAGGGCAACGUGGAGCUCAUCUUGAUCAACCACCCGAACGACUGCCCGAUUUGCGAGCAGGCCACGAACUGCGAUCUGCAGAACGUCAGCAUGAACUACGGCUCCGACAUCCCCCGCUACCGCGAGGAUAAGCAGGCGGUGGAGGACUUUUACUUUGAUCCACAGACGCGUGUCGUGCUGAACCGGUGCAUCCACUGUACCCGCUGCGUGCGUUUCUUGAACGAGCAUGCGCAGGACUUCAACCUGGGCCACAUCGGUCGCGGCGGCCUCAGCGAGAUCUCCACCUUCUUAGACGAGCUGGAGGUGAAGACGGACAACAACAUGCCGGUGUCGCAGCUGUGCCCGGUGGGGAAGCUGUACAUGGGCGACGCAGACGAGAACAACGAAAUUCUGCGUGAGUUGGAGGAGGCGGAGGCGGCGGCGGCGGCAGAGGCCACGGCGUAA